AUGCCUUACACAGAAUACGACUAUCUUUUCAAACUCCUGCUCAUCGGAGACUCCGGUGUUGGAAAGUCGUGCCUGUUGCUUCGAUUUGCGGAUGACACAUACACAGAAAGCUACAUCUCAACCAUCGGUGUCGACUUUAAAAUUCGAACAAUCGAGCUCGAUGGCAAGACUGUGAAGCUUCAGAUCUGGGACACAGCCGGUCAAGAACGAUUCAGAACCAUCACCUCGUCCUAUUAUCGAGGAGCUCAUGGCAUCUGUGUUGUGUACGAUGUGACGGAUAUGGAUUCUUUCAACAACGUCAAGCAAUGGCUUCAGGAAAUCGACCGUUAUGCUACUGAAGGCGUCAAUAAGCUCCUCGUCGGCAACAAGAGCGAUAUGGAGGAUAAGAAAGCCGUUGAAUAUACAGUUGCAAAAGAAUUCGCCGACAGCCUUGGCAUCCCGUUUCUCGAGACUUCUGCUAAGAACGCAUCCAACGUCGAACAGGCGUUUUUGACCAUGGCUAGACAGAUCAAGGAGCGCAUGGGCACUGCCACAGUCAACAACAAGCCCACCGUGCAGGUCGGCCAAGGCCAAGGAGUUCAAUCAGGGUCUGCUGGCGGAUGCUGCUAA